AUGGAGUAUACUGACGACUAUGACGAAAAGGAUCAUGAUAAACCUUCUGGUGUUACAACUCCAGUUGGUGAUCGAAUUGCGUUACAAAUGAAGACUCAUAGAAAAAAAAUAGGUAUUUGCGUGGUAUUUUUGUGUUUUAUAGCCCUUGUCAGAAGGAUCUUUUUGAGUGAUGGUAACAAUUAUGUCUCUAGGUUGGGUAUGCAGCAGUCGUCCUUGUGCCCCAACUAUUCGGAUUACUCGAAGGUUCCCCAUAGACCCAAAUCCACUGGGAGACUACACCUACCUUACAUGCGACCCCGUAGAGAGUGCAGGACAUUUGGCAGUAAGGUUGUUGAACAGGUUAUCGAGGAUCUUCAAGCUCGUAUAGAAGAUCCUGAUCUGUUUAGAUUGUUUGAAAAUGCUUUUCCAAAUACUUUAGAUACUACUGUUUGGUGGUACGAGCCUUCUGAUAAAAAGACUGGUACUCCUCGGGCAUUCAUAGCUACGGGUGAUAUUGCUGCCGAAUGGUUGAGGGAUUCUGCCCAUCAAUUGAGUGUAUACAUACCUUUGAUCCCCUACGAUGAAAAUCUUCAAAAGCUUGUCAAGGGUGCUAUUGUACAGCAGGCACUGUAUAUACGAACUGCUGCUUAUUGCAACGCUUUUCAACCUCCAAAGGAGUCACGUAUUGAGAGUCAGCCUUCGGCGAUUGAUUUUGUGGGACCUAGACCGAACUGGGAUACUGUUUUCGAGUGCAAAUGGGAGAUUGAUUCUCUAGCGUCAUUCUUGUCCCUCACAAAUCAAUACAUUGAGAGUAGUGGAGACACGUCUAUUCUUACUCAAGAGGCCUGGGUUUCCGCUUUCAAAAGUAUCAUAUACGUUCUUAGACGACAGAUUAUGUCUUCAUUCGAUAAGGUAUCUCAGUUAGAGCCUCCUUACUACGUCUUUCAAAGGGACACAAGUUCCGGAACAGAAACUCUACCACUAGGGGGACGUGGUAAUCCAGUAGCCCGAGAUAUAGGAUUAAUUAGGUCUGCGUUCCGCCCCUCAGAUGAUGCUUGCAUUUUUCAAUUCUUUAUUCCCGGAAAUGCACAUCUUGCUGUGGAAUUGGUGAAGCUCAGCCCGUUAAUGGAUGCCGUGGGCCUUGAUGCUUUAGCUUCGAAAGCCCUUUAUUUUGGUACCAAGAUCAAAAAAGCUAUAAUGGAACAUGCGGUUGUCGAAAGCAAAAAGUACGGUAAGGUGUUUGCUUACGAAAUAGAUGGCUUUGGAGGAAUAAACAUGAUGGAUGAUGCCAAUAUCCCAUCGCUUCUCUCGUUGCCAGAUUUGGGAUUCAUUAAGAAAGACGAUGAAAUAUACAAAAAUACCCGAAAGAUGAUUCUCAGUGAAGAGGGUAAUCCUUACUAUUUGAAGGGUAACUACUUUGAAGGUAUUGGAGGUCCCCAUAUUGGUCUCCGAAGUGCCUGGCCACUGUCUCUUUUGGUGCAAAUUCGUACAUCUGAUGAUGAUGAUGAGAUUUUAAAGCUACUUGAUACUGUACUAACCACAACGGGUGGAUUAGGACUUAUGCAUGAAAGUAUUCACAUCAAUUCGCCAAGUCAUGCUUUCACAAGGUCUUGGUUCAGUUGGUGCAAUAGUGAAUUUGCCAAGACCAUUCUUGACUUAGCAGAAAGAAAACCAAAGCUAAUUUUCAGAAAGGAUUAUGCCGACAAACCUUACAAGUUUGCCGGCUUAUAA